AUGGCCACGUGCAGAGAUAUUGAAAACAUUAUCGGAAGCGUUCUCUCCAAGUUUAAUAUUAAGGAACUGAAAAAAGAACAGCGUCAGUUAUUAGAUUAUCUUCUUAGAGGCGAAGAUUGCGUGGCUGUUUUGCCAACUGGAUAUGGAAAAUCACUACCAUACCAAAUCUUUGCACCUAUAUAUCACCAACAAGGAGACGAGAAAGCUGUCGUUUUGGUGUGCUGUCCCCUCAUUGCUCUUAUGGAGGAUAAGGUGCAGCGGAUACAGAAGAUUCAGUUUGUAUCCGCUGAAUAUAUAGGUAGCAAAGCUGACUUUGAUCUGAAAGCACACAACAUUGAUGUGGUAUUUGCAUCCCCAGAACUCUUAGUCGGAAGUGAAACAUGCAGAGAGGCUAUACAAUCUUUGAAUGUGAAAGUCAUAGUCAUAGAUGAAUUUCACACCAUUGCUACAUGCAGCUAUGUUGGCAUUAAGUGCAACUUGUACACAAAAAAUGAAGAAGAUUUUGAAAGUGUUGAACAUGACAGAAUGUCCUAA